AGUCAGGCUACUCCCACGAGCCUUACAACUGGAAUGUCACUUUCUAUGUUCUGUACAGAGACGCAGGGCAGGCUAGGCUAGACUAUAAGUAACAUAUUUUUCAAGUUUGACUACUUGUUGAAACAUUCACUGGUGGUGAAACUCCAUGCUACCCUAACUUUUAAUUAGUAGGCUUAGGCUAGGCCUAUAGGCUUAUAGCCUGUAGGCUACACAACAAUUUACACGCUUAAUUGGCGUCUUCACAUUAUUAACUAGGCUAAAUAGGUUUGUAUGGCAAAUUAGCUUGGUAUGACACCCAAUUUACACAGCAAGCCUCUGGGGUGGCCCCAUGACUUUUGUUUCCUUCUUCCUGAACUGGACUGGAGCUAACUACGGGGAACUGGCAACAUAUGUUACACUAUUUCAAAACCAGGUCGCCAUCUAGUGGACAUAGCCACUCAAGCAAUUUAAAGGACAACAGGAAGGCCUGGCAUGAUAAGACCUGGAAGAUCACAGGAGCAGCCACACGAAGGCAAGGGGCAAAAGUCUGUUGAGCAAAGCAUUUCAGCAAUUCAGACUUCUUUGUCCCCGCAAGAGUUGCGGUCACAAACUGUAAUAGCUUAAAGCGUUUGUCUCCACACAACUCCGGUUGCGCACUGACAUUCUAAGAAUGAACAGAACAGAAGGAUCAGCUGAAGGAAAUCCAGCGGUUCUCCAACACAUGAGGAUCGUUCUGCUGUCAGACAGGCUCUCAGGAGGGCCGUCUUCUUCGGCGGCGAGCGCCAUCCUGGGCCGAGAGGAGUGCGAUCCUCACGUGGUCACGCUGCAGUGUGUGAAGAGGCAGGGAGAGAAGGCUGGCAGGCAGGUCACCCUCAUAGAGGUCCAGGCGUGGAGAGAGUACGAGUAUCUCGCUAUGAAGACCACCCCCAGGCUUGUGAAACAGGAGAUGCUGUCGGGCGUGGCGUUGUGUGCUCCUGGCCCCCACGCAUUUCUGCUGGCCAUCCACGAGGACGCGGCGCUCUCUGAGGAGAUGAGGAACGCCGUGUCUGACCACGUCGACGUGUUCGGUGAGGCCGCUUGGAAUCAUUCCAUCGUCUUGUUCAUCUCCACCGACAAGCCUUUGUCGGCGGAGAAAGCGGAAUUCAAGAUCGAAGGCAGCAUGCUCCAGUGGCUCGUGGAGAAAUGCGGGAACCGAUAUCACGGCCUCAACGUCAACAGCAAGAGCGAGAGGCAAGUCGCCGAGCUGCUGGAGAAGAUCGAAGAGAUGGUGGCAGGAAACGGAGGCCGUCACUUUGAGAUGGACAGAGGCGUUUUGGAGGAAGAGGAGGAGAGGAAGAAGUCACAGAAUAUGAAAGCGGAGGAGAGACGCAAGGCGGCCAAGAGACAGAGAGACGGUUUGCACUCGGCAAAAGGAAGCCGGUUUCUGCCAACACUCGGGCUUGUCUUGCUGGGCUCCAAAGGAUCCGGCAAGAGUUCAUGCGGAAACACCAUCCUGGGCAGAGAGGAGUUCCGAGUCGGACGGAGGUCGACUGUUUGCGUGAAGAGACAGGGCGCGGUCGCCGGGAGACAGCUGACCGUAGUCGAGGCGCCUGGCUGGCAGGGCUGCUGCCCUCCGGAAUGUUCUCCCAACACCGUCAACCGAGAGAUCGAGCGCAGCCAGUCCCUGUGCGGUCAGCAGGCUCCGCUCGCCUUCCUCCUGGUCGUGCGAGCGGACGAGUGCUUCGGCGAAGCGUUCAGGUGUCCCGCGGAGGGACUGCUGAUGGCGCUGGGCGAGGGCGAGGGCGUGUGGGAUCGGACCGUCGUGCUGUUCACCUGCGGAGACUGGCUGGGGGGCGUGUCCGUCGAGCAGUACAUCGAGGGCGAGGGGGACGCCCUGAGGUGGCUCGUGGAGAGAUGUGGGAACAGGUAUCAUGUCCUCAACAACAACAACAACAACAACGACAACAAGAGCGGAGGAGACGCUCAAGUCACGGAGCUGCUGGAGAAGAUUGAGGAGAUGCUGGCUGGGAAUGGCAGCCAACACGGUGAAGAAGACCUGAUCAGUGUUCUGAAGGAGGGAGAGACGGAUACGGAUACGGAUACGGAUACGGACACGGAUGCGGAUACGCAAGUGGACACAGACACGGAAGCUGAAGACUUGAGGAAGAAAACAGCGGAACAGCGAGAAAGCAUCAAGGCAACACAUGGGAUAACACACCUCCCAGACCUGAGGAUCUUUUUGUUUGGGUUCCGCGGCAGUGGGAAGAGCUCAACGGGGAACACCAUCCUGGGCAGGCGAGCGUUUGAGCUGCGCUCCACCGCCUCGCCCGUGACCGCCCGCGGAGAAGUAGCCGGCCGAACCGUGACCCUGGUGGAGCCCCCAUCCACCGCCUACAAUCUCAUGGACUGCCUCAAGAGGGCGCGAUUGUUAGGCGAGUCCCUGCCUUCUGACGGCGCGCACGCCUUCCUCCUGAUGGUCCGAAUCGACGUCGGGUUCGACGAGAUCCACAGGCAGGUGCUGGAGGAGGAGGUGGAGCUCCUCGGACAGGAAGUCUGGACGCACGUCCUGCCGGUCUUCACCUUCGGCGACUGGCUCGGGGACACGACGAGCAUCGAGCAGCACAUCGUGAGGGAAGGCGAGGCCCUCCGCUGGCUCAUAGACAAGUGCGGCAACAGGUAUCACGUCGUCGACAACAGCAACAGCAACGGCAAGGGGCACGCCGUCAGCGCUAGCAGUCAGGCGGUGGAGCUGCUGGAGAAGGUGGAGGAGAUGGUGUCCAUGAACGGAGGCGUGACUUUUCAACAUGACAUUGACAGCGUGAUUCGUAAAUGGCAGGAUGACUGAAGGAUGGACUGCGUCUCAUAUUGCGCUAAGUCUGCUCCUCUUCGAGUACUCAAAGAACUUGACAGGUGAAUGUAGGCGUCAGAUUUAAUCACAUUCAGAUUUAGUGGUGUCGUGAUUGGGUGAUUCCGUGUCAAAUCAGGACACUUUCGGACCUCAUCGGAACGGAUUUUAAUGAAACUUGGUAUGCUGAUUUAGUUAUAUGAGAAAGCCUCAGAAAUGAAUUUGCACGUUUCUUCAUCAAUAUUAAGGGAGACUCAGAAAGUUUGCAUAAAUUUUGACUUCUUGUAUCUCCUUUACUUUAAGUCACACAGAAAUGGUUCUUAUGUCAUUUGAAAGCUCUUUUCCAGCUCUAUAUUUUAUAAAUGCAUACAAUACCCCAAAUGAAAGGUGGCCGAGUUAUCAGAGAUUAUAAUAUUAAAAUUUGAAUAGCAAAAAAAUAUUUAAAAUUUCUUCAUUUUUUCCCUACAGCUAGCCUGUAAUGUCAUUGACCUCCUGAAAAUGUGGUCUGUGGUUUUUGAGGCAUUGCAGAGAUAUUGUGACCUAUAAGGUGGCAUCGCAUAGGUUCCAGUCACUAAUGGGCCACUUUGACAUGAAACUUAUUGCAAACACAGGUGUAAAUAAUCCAGUUAAUUAAGUU